AGACGUCACGGCCAGUGGGGGCGGGAGAGGGGGCGGCGGAGUGCGUGCGCGGCGCCCCGGGACAGCGCGAGCGCCUGCACGGGCACGGGUGGCUCUGCCUGCCCCGCCGCCGCGCUCCCCUUGUGCUGCCUGACCAAACUUGGGCUUCGUCUGCCUGCCCCGGCGCUGCCAUGCCGGCCAUCCUGCUUUUCUGGAGCCGCGCGGAGAGGAAUAAGUACUCGGCGCCUGGCAGCGUCGCCGCCGUCAUGGGGAAGGACUACUACAAGAUUUUGGGGAUCCAGUCCGGAGCCAACGAGGAUGAAAUCAAGAAAGCCUACCGGAAAAUGGCCCUCAAGUAUCACCCCGAUAAGAAUAAAGACCCCAACGCCGAGGAGAAGUUCAAGGAGAUUGCGGAGGCUUACGACGUGCUGAGUGACCCCAAAAAGCGAGCUGUGUACGACCAGUACGGGGAGGAAGGUCUUAAGACUGGAGGUGGCUCCUCAGGUGGCUCAGGGAACACUUUCCACUACACGUUCCAUGGAGACCCCCACGCCACUUUUGCGUCUUUCUUCGGAGGCUCCAACCCUUUCGAUAUCUUCUUUGCCAGCAGCCGCUCCCGGAUGUUCAAUGGCUUUGACCAGGAAGAUAUGGAUAUCGAUGAUGAUGAUGAUCCUUUCAGUGCCUUCGGCCGGUUUGGCUUCAACGGCAUUAAUGGGGUUCACCGGCGGCACCAGGAGUCCCUGCACACGCGGAGGAAGGUCCAAGACCCACCUGUCAUCCAUGAGCUCAAGGUGUCCCUAGAAGAGAUCUACCACGGCUCCACCAAGAGGAUGAAGAUCACCCGCAGAAGGCUCAACCCUGAUGGCCGGACCAUGCGGACUGAGGAUAAGAUCCUCAACAUUGUCAUCAAACGGGGUUGGAAGGAGGGAACCAAAAUCACAUUCCCCAAAGAGGGGGACGCCACCCCAGACAACAUCCCUGCUGACAUUGUCUUCAUCCUCAAGGACAAGCCUCACUCGCACUUCAAGAGGGAUGGGACGAACGUGGUCUACACCGCAAACAUCAGUCUUAAAGAGGCCCUAUGCGGCUGCACCGUGAACAUUCCCACCAUUGACGGGAGGGUGAUCCCGCUGCCCUGCAACGACAUCAUCAAGCCGGGCACAGUGAAGAGACUGCGCGGGGAGGGGCUGCCUUUCCCCAAGGCCCCCAGCCAGCGAGGAGACUUGAUCGUGGAGUUCAAAAUCCGCUUCCCGGACAGAAUAGCUCCCCAGACGAGACAGAUCCUCAAGCAGCACCUCCCGUGCUCCUAGAGCCCCGGGGACUCUCCUCCAAGCAGCAAUACUCCAAAUGCACGUGCCGGAGCAUCUGGCUCACACAGAGCAGAGGUGCCAGAGCACUUUCAAAUGCAAAAAACCCACUUUUCUUCCCCAAAACUCCCAUCUGUCCCACCCACCCCUGCCCCUCCUGGCCCAUUUUGUACUCCAGUGGCAGGAGAGUCUCCUGCCCUCACCUCUCUCCCAGCUGCCGCCUUUUUUUGUUCUUUCAGAGGUCCGGCUUUGCUGCCUUGCACAAGCGCACGGCACGGGCUGUGACUUGGGGAUGUGCAUCACUUUGUGGUUUUUGUGUCACCCGCUUUUCAAGCCAACUUUCUGACCGGAGGGUGGGAUUGUAGGGAGCUCAGAGCAGUGUAAAUAGGACUUCAUGGGAUCUCGCAUCCCUCCGUGUUAGAUUUCUCUUCCCUUCUUUGAUACUUGCUGCUGUUCAAGGUCCCGCCGUACCGAGGUGCCAAGGAAACCAUCCUGAGCGCGUACGGUGAAGGGACCGCUCCUACCGGACCGUUUCUAACCUGGGACCACAGCACCCAAUCCUACUGCGGUCCCCUCUCCUGUGCCAAGACCACCACCGAGUGUCACCUGUGCCAAUCGACGGAGCUCAGAGCAGUGGGGACGGUCCCUUCCAGCCUCCUGCCCAGGCUGGGAGCUUUCUUGUUCAGACGUGUUGAGUUUGCAUUGCUGCUUUAUUUUUUAAUACAUAUAUUUAGCUCGUUAGGUAACUCCGUAAGGGUUUUCUCUGCCCGUUUUGGGUUUCCUGGAGUGGUUGACCCCGAUGCUGGGGAACAGCUCAGCCAUACAAACAACCUGCCUGUGAGAGUGGAGAAUGUGUGUAGCACAAGACUGGGUGUGAAAGCAGAGCCAAGCGUGAGCAGAGCUGUGGUUUUGACUAGUGUUCGAGUUCGACCUUAGGGAUCGUAAUAGGUAGAGAAAUGCACGUGUAUAUAUUUUUCUACAGGGAAGUUGAAUUCAGGAGGUAUUUCUGAGUGUGACGGUGGAGCUGAGAGGAGCAUGAGGCAAUCCGCUUGGUGGUUUGGUUUUCAAAUGCUGUAUUUUUUUAAAAACUUCGGAUUUCCAUCAGGAGAAUUUUUAUAUUUCUUACCUUCCUUGGCCAACUCUGCCUCUCGCCAGUUUUUUCCCUGGAGGGGCCAACUGGGCUCCUCCGCCACCGCAGCUCUGCGUCUGCCCGAGCGGCGCUGAGAAAAGCUGAGGCGCUUCCUUGGGCACCUUUUUGUGAUGGGAAAUCACUGACUGGAAGCAGGGGUCUGGAGGUGUACAGCUGUACAGUGCAUCACGUGGCAGGAGGACAGCCCGUGGGCAUGGGGAUAGAGCACUUGCAUUAUUAAAGCACUACUUAAUUUAUCAACCGGUUUGACUUCAGGUUGGGGCGCGACGCCUUUUCCCUCCACUGACCUCUCUGGGGUUCAGCAGACAGACAACUGGUGGACACUGAUGGAGCGAGAAGACAGGUCAGCACACAGAUGCAAGCUGCUUUGUUUUUCUCAGUUUCAAUGAGACCUGAAUGUUUUAUAGUGUUUUGUUUUUUUGUUUUUGUUUUUUUUUUUUAAUGUAACUUUUUUUUUUUUUUUUUUUGUAAUGUCAGUAUUGAAGAAAAAUAAAAAAUAUUUUGAAAAAUAUACCCUAUUGGUAUGUGUUGUGGUGGGAGGUGCUGGGGCUGCACUCACCCCUGGUAUGGGGGAAGGGGCUCAGACCCCCGUUGGUCCCAUCUCUCCCGCUGGAGGGAUGCUGGGACCCAGCUCUUAGGGCUGGGAGAGAACAGCAGCACGGGAUGCACCCGAGGGAAUUCUCUCCGUGUUUGCCCGUGGUUGUGGUCAACCCAUCAAGGAAGUCCAUUCUUUGAGACCUCCAACCCUGGAUAGGGCCAGGACCAGAGCGACCUGCUUUGGGAGGGGCUUGAAUCGAGGUUCUGCACCAAUCCUUCCCUCCUGUCCCCCCUCCAGGACUGCGUGCAGCCCCGCAGCUUGUUCCUGGGGACAGCAGCAGCCGUGGGCCAUCCCUGGUGCCUUCAGGGCAGGCUGUGCCGGGGACGCGGUGGCAAUGCGGGGACCGGGGCCGCAGUGAGCACGGCCACCGCCUGCCCUCUGCUGGCAGCAGGGACCCGGUGAGCCCGCAGGCUGCGGGGCGGUACCCGACCAGCCUGCAAAUCAGCGCCUUGGCCAUUAGGGGCCUCCGUGCCACACACCUCGAGCCUGGUGGAGCCGAGCGGGAGGGUUGGGGCAGCUCGAACGUGGCUCCAGGGCUACGCCAGGGAGCUGCUGGCCAGGGCAGCACUGGAAGAGCCCAGCCAAGCUCCCAGCCUCUGCCCGCCUGGGGGCUACUCCAGCCCCAGGCACUGCUCCAGGAGCUCCCCAGGGUGCCGUCCUCAGCCCAGGACAGAGGAGUGCCAGCCCUUCCACUGGAUUUAAUCAGCAUUUUUAAUUAGGAGGGUGAGGAGGGAGAGAAAUGAGCUCCACGGAACUGGGACGCACACCACCACCCCCUGCCUCCUGCCCCAGGCUGCAGCGUGCACAGCAUUGCCAAGGCUGGAUCUGCCACCACCACUGGCCACGCUCAGCAGUGCAUGGUGGCAUUCCCAUAGCAUCUGGGAAGAGGAAAUCUGCUCAUCGCCAUAGCUGGGCAAGGCUUUUAGUAAGUCCCAAAGAGCUCUUCAUGUGAAGUACCCUUUUACCCUUCCCCAGGUUGCAGACAGCAAACACUUCACCAAGCAGCAGCCCAUCCCCACAAGCUGGCAGCGCUGUCCUGAUGGCACAGAACCCAGGCGGUGCGAGGACACACAGGCACAGUGCUGGAAUGGGUCUCUGAACUGGGACAGACCACCUGAGCAGGUGCUGCCCAGCCUCCCAGGGGCUCCCACGGAUUCCUUCUGCAGCCACCAGUCAGUGGUUGUGCUAUUUAAGCAGCAUUCUCAAUUUUGGUGCAUUUUUCCCAAGCCCCCCUUUUCUCCUGGAUAGCCCCAUCCUUCUGCCACAUUGGGAUUCCCCUCACCCCUCAUUUCCUUCCCUUUAAGUCCAGGUGAUCUGAUAACCCUUCUAAAUGUGGCAGUCUUCGCAGCCAAAACCCCCUGGAGUAUCCCCAGCAACCCUGUGGGCACCUUUACUGUUCAUUCCAGCACACAAUCUCUGGUUACUCACCUCUGCAAAAAUCCCAUUCCUGCAAGCUCCGAACAGCUGAGAGCACAAAGCUACUCUGUGCAUCUGGCAGUCAAAACACAAAGCACUCUUCAACUCAGAGCUGGGUCACACACAGCCUGGCACACCGCUCCUUUGGGUGAGUGUCACAGGUCUCCCCUUACCCAUCUGUAACAACCCACACACUGCUAAAUGCAACCCCAAGCUGGGCAAUGCAGAUGGCUGGUGAAAAGAUACCCACUUACCACUUGGUGGCCAAAGCUGCACAUUCAAGUUAGGUAAGGAGAAUCAACUUCAGCCACAGGCAAUUGCUGUGGCAGUUCAACCUAAGAAGGGCACGCAUCUCCAUGCCCUGUGCUGAUUUCAGAUUUGCAAAGGCAAAGUACAGCCGUGGGCUCCAGCCACAGAUGAGUAAGUGUGCACACACCAGGACAGAGCAGGAGCCAGCUGCCAAGCCCAGGGAGGACUUCUCUCACGUGAAAUAAGUACAGCAGAAGCACAUUUUUUCAGUUAAUCGAAAAUAAAGCAAGGAUCAGAAGGUGAAAGGGAAGAAAAGCACAAGAAGUGGAUCAAAAUCUGACUACUGUGCAAAGAACCACAAUAAAAGGCAGGCUCAUAGCAAAGAACCAAACCUUUCAUCAGAAGCCCAAAGGGACACAGGGAUUUUUUCCACAACAGAGGAAGCCUCUUUGCAGAGCCUUAUGAAAACUGUUGCUAUACCAUCAGAGGAAUCUCCCAUUCCCUAGCCACAUUUGGGUUAUGCUGCAUCAUAAGCUUCAGCAACAGCCCAGGAACCCUUCCAUGCCCGUCUUCAAGCAGGGCUGAUGAAAAGAGGAUUCCUGCGGGAGUCCUUUGCUGCACAGAAGCCAAAGCAGCAAGAGACCCAACAGCUCACAGCCGGCACUGGAGAAGUAAUACCAGAUACCUGCCAUUUAUCUCAGUGCUUACAUCUAAGUAUGGGCACAGGAGAGAGACUGCCCAACCAAUUUCUUCCAUUAGCAUGGGGUAAAAGAGAUAAGGACAAAGAGCAACCACACACACUCCAGGAAAAUGCACAAAUAUUGGCUGCACUGCACAAGAGAGGCAGCUGAAAAGUGCUCAAGAUAGCAAGUGAGACAUGGGAUUUACAGAGGCAGUUAUUGCCAAUGCUGUGGCAGUACCACAUAAAGGAAUUGCCAGAGCCUGGCCAGGAUUUUGUGGGAUUUUAUUCUUUUUUUUUUAAUUAUUUUUGUAGGUUUUUUUUUAAUACAGGCUAGCGUUGUACCCUUUGCUAAAGCUGCUGAUUCUGCCACAUAAACUAGAACAGAAAUUUCUCAGAAAUUAAUUCGGAUCCCCUCCUUGUUAAUUCACUGUCUGCUUCUUAACUGAACAUCGGUCUGGAUUUGUGUUUGCAGAAAACAUCCCCUGUACAAAGUCUGACGUGCACCUACACUGUUCUGACUGAGGAAUGAAGUAGCCGAGAGUCCACUGAACGUUGGAUUUUCCCAGUACAACAUGGCCUGAUUUGGAGUUUGGUCCACUGAGGACAGUGAGUUAGCCAUAGAGAUCAUCAUCGUUGUCUUCACUGUACACAUUGCCCCCGCUGCCACCUCCUGUG